AGGCACCGCCUUCUUCGCAGCGCCGGCCGCUAACGAUUGGUGGACGAAAUGUCUGAGAAACUCAAGAGAAAAGCAUUCUACAGGACAGAAGCAAGUCACCCAUUUUCUUCUCAUCGACUUAUAUCACAGGCACUUGAUCCGAAUAGAUAGCAAGUUUCUUAAAGUAGUAGACAAUCAAAAAUAUAUUCCUAAAUGACUUCCUUAACAACUGGUUUGAUGUUCUCCUUGUUCUUCGUAACAAUUGUAACAUCCUUGAACAAGUCAUCAGCUAAUAUAUGGGAACAAGAUGGUUGCUUUAAAGUAGGUCACACGAGGACCAUUAGAAUUCCUGGAUGUGUAGAAUUCGAUAUAACGACAAACGCUUGUAGAGGUUUCUGCGUCUCUUAUUCGGUGCCUUCUACCGAAGAUUCCCUGCGCAUCAAUCCAAAACAAACGAUUACAUCCUAUGGCCAGUGUUGUAACAUAAUGGAGACUGAAGAUGUGAAGGUGAAAGUAAUGUGCUUGGAUGGACCCAAAGCUUUAACGUUUAAAUCUGCUGUAAAUUGCGCUUGUUAUCACUGCAAGAAAGGCUGAAAUUCGGAUAUGUUGCAUCAGAUAUUUGAGUGUAUGAAAAUAUUUCUUGAUGAUUUUUUUCUCAUUACCUGACAUAAAUUCUCUCUAAAAUUCUAUACAAAAUAAAAAUGUACUUCUGA